AUCACCGGAAGUUGUGCAGCGGUGUUGGCGCCGGACAGCUCGCUCGCUGCCAACCGAAAAUAAACACCACAGAGGAAGAUAAAGCAGCGCUAUACAGAGGGAUUUUGUGAAUAUUUCGCUGGUAGGAAACGACUCGCCAAACCGGAAUAUUUAUCCAGACGGGACACUCUGUGUGGUGCAGCCAGCAGGUAGCAGGAUAUUAGUGAUGUUAGCGAAGACAGACAGAUAGUUGACGUAGCAUUUAGCUGCCACGACGUUAGCUAACGUUACGUCAGCCCGCUGUGUUAUGGACGAGGACCUGCUGCUCGCCAUCCGGCUGCAGCAGCAGUUUGAUGAUGAGUACCAGGCGUCUUUGUUUUCAUCGGACACUCCUGAUGAUGGACAGAGCAGCAAGAGACGGAGGGUGGAGGUAGGAGGAGGUUUCGGCGGCGACGUCGUCCCCUUCUCGCGGCCGGUCCCCCAGCCCGAGAGGCCGCUGUCCGUGGUGGAUGAGUCGUGGGAGAUGCUGGACCCCAGCCCGGACGUCCGAGCCAUGUUCCUGGAGUUCAACGACAUGUUCUUCUGGGGGAAACUCAGCGGGGUCGAGGUCAAAUGGAGUCCCAGGAUGACACUAUGUGCUGGUGUGUGUUCUUAUGAGGGCCGUGGUGGACUCUGUUCAAUCAGACUCAGUGAGCCACUGCUGAAGCUGAGACCCAGGAAAGACCUGGUCCAGACUCUCCUCCACGAAAUGAUCCACGCUCUGCUGUUUGUGACCCAGAACAACCGAGACCGAGACGGACAUGGCCCUGAGUUCUGUAAACACAUGAGCAGGAUCAACAAGGCCAGCGGGGCCAACAUUACUGUCUAUCACACGUUCCAUGAUGAGGUUGAUCUGUACCGGCAGCACUGGUGGCGAUGUGACGGGCCCUGCCAGAACCGCAAACCCUAUUUUGGCUAUGUGAAGAGGGCUAUGAACCGUGCUCCUUCUGCCCUAGACCCCUGGUGGGAGGACCACAAGAGGAGCUGCGGUGGGACGUACACCAAGGUCAAGGAGCCCGAAGGAUACGGGAAGAAAGGCAAGAUGGGCAGCAGCAAGGAUAAGAAGAACCAAGAGAAGAAGGCCUUAGGGAACGGAAAGCCUUCCAGCACAACUACAGGUUCGGGGUUACAGGAUAUCAGGAACAUUAUCCCAUUCAGUGGAAAAGGCUUCCUGCUUGGAGGGAAGUCUCAGUCCUCUAUAUCUUCCUCCCCUUCAGGAGGGAAAGAUGUGGAGGGGCCUGUUGUGAAAUCACUCUCGUCUCCCAAGAAACCCAUCCUCUCCUCUCCAUCCUCAACUAAAAGUCCCCUUUCCCCUGUCCGCUCUGGCCUCAGUAACCAAGCCCAAGGGAUCCCCAGCGCUUUGCCCUCCAUCAGAUCUGAGGUCUCCAGAGGACAGAAGCCACCCAUCAAAAGGUCUGUCAGUAAUACAAGAGUUUUUGUCAACAUCAGCGGCUCGCCAGUAAGAAUCCCAAAAGCCCAGGGCAGCACCAGCGGCCAGGGGAGCGUCCAGAUGUACCGGGGUGGAGCAGACAUGUCAAGGACCAAGCAGAGGUCCGUUCAGGAGCUUUUCAACAGCUUUAAGGCGGCCAACAGCUCAUCUACCACCUCAAGCUCCACAGCGGAGACUAAAGGAGAAGUGCCUUCAUCCCCGAAGAGUGGCAAAAACACUUUAUCUGCCUCUUCGCCCUUUUCCCAACAAGAGAGGAACCAUUCUUCCUCUUCUCCCUCCACAUUCGGGUCUAGUGCCGGUAGAGCCAACCACUCUAAAUACCCAUCUGUGGUUCAGACAGGAUCCAAGUCCAGCCCUGCUAAGCCCAUGCAGUCCAAGUAUUUCAGUGACUCUAGCAGUGGGUCAGGAGCUGCAGGUGGGGGUCCGGUGCCGAAGACCAGGCUGUGGGACGGCCACAGCACCUCCGCCCCCAUCUUCGACUACUUCCAGAAGACUGUAGGCACUGAGUCAGCAGCAGCCGGGGGGUCAAUGAGGAUAAAAUCACCUGCAGUCCAGCAAAGACCUGUCACCACCACCACCACCGCCUCCUCCUCCGCCUCCUACUCCCUCCCUAGUUCUGUUUCCUCCUCACGUUCCCUGCUGACGGUCAGCUGUCCUGUGUGCCAAAAAGAGGUGCAGGAGGCCAAAAUCAAUGAGCAUCUUGAUUCCUGCCUCACCUGAUGAGGAUAACAUCGCAAGGACAGUGUCCAGCGGAGGAAGUUGCAAUAAAACUAAUCUCUAAAGAGCCCAGAGAAUUUCUGGAGAGUUUUCAGUUUUGAUUUUCUAAUGGUUUUAUCAAGCGCUGCUGCCAAAUCUUGUAAGUCACUCAGGAAAAUAUACACCUGCUGAGAGACAGUUUGGAUAUUUACUAAUCACUGUUACCUGUGAUUGAUUUAAUAAUAAACAGUUGGUCUAGGCUUUUAUCUGUUUUAUCACCAGGUUUGGUUUUUCCUGGGGUGGUUGUGUGACUUCCACUGCAAUUAAAAGAAUACUUCACCCAUAAUACAUAAUUUAUCACUUUUGUUUCAAGUACUAACAAUGCACUGAUUUUUUUCCCCCAUUGGAUCAGAGAUGACUGGCAUUUUUGGAAUCUGACUUUACCAUGAGGACUUGAAAGUAAAUCAUUCCUCAUUGGACAUUAAAGGCAACACACGGUGAUACAAAACUUAUGCAUUAUGGGCGAAGUAUCCCUUUAAAGAUAAUCACCCUUUUACCUGAACUUUUCUGACAGUUUGUGCCUUGGCAAAUUAAAAAAUGUCAAGGAAGAUAAUGCACACAAACUGAACUUGUGUUUGCAGGAAUCAUGUUUUACCAGCCCAGUAACAAAAUACCUGUUUUUUUUUUUUUUU